AGACCAAAGAUUAAUUUGUUGCAGCUCUGCGCCAAUUGAACAGAACACAUUGCAUGUGGAAUUUAACAAAAAAAAAAAGUGAAAUAGUUUUUGAUUUGUAAAGAAUAUUUAAACUGACUAGAAUUACUUUGAGAUAUUACAUUGCAGCUGUUCCCAACACUUAAAGUGGAAACUGUUUGCUAGUUUUACCUUUCGUUUGUAAAUACUUGAAAUCGCAAGGAAGGAAGGGGGACACAUGCUUCAGAUAUUCUUCUGCCAGUGAUAAACCUAAUAUAUUUACAAGAGGUCUUACAAAUAAAUAAAAAAAAAAUGCAGCUAAUUAUAUAAAAUUCUAUCUGUAGAAUCCGAUGAUUGUGUGACGGCUCAUCAUUUUGUGGGUCAAAAAUUUGCCCUUAGAAAUCAAUGAAACAGCCAAGUUGACCGUUUCUAGUGAUUUCUCUUAAAAAGGCUAACAAUUCUUAGGGCUAAACGUAAUGCAACAACUUUUAACAUCUAUAUCGACACAAUCAGAUAUAAAUAAAGUCAUGCAGCCCCAUUCAGCACAAAAUAUGACAGGCGGCGGAGGAAUAUUUCGAGGUCCGCAACAACAACCAUCUUCAUCGGUGAAUGCUCUCCGUGGAGGUGGUGUCAGUGGAGGUGCUACGCGUCACGUCCACGUUCAACCGAUGUAUUCGCAGGCUGCACUUCAUCAAAAUAUGGUCCUCCAGCCAUACACACAAUAUAAUCCUCGCCAGCAAACGUUUCCCACAUCGCAUCUUCAAUAUGCACCGACACCGAUGCCCUACUAUCAAUACCAAUAUGUGCCAACUCUUCAGCAGCAACCACCGCCCCCACCGCAACAUACUCAUCCGCGUAGUGCUGCCGUCUCCGUAAAUUCAAAUAACAAUACAUUGCAGGCUGCGCAGGUUCAGCAGCAGCAGCAACAAUCUGGCGGUAAUCCCGGAGGUGGUCCGGGAGGCACUCAAUCUUCCCAAAUACAAUUACUAGCAGGUACAGUGCAAGGCCCUGGCGGAAACAUGAGUCAAGUUGGGGUGGGUGUGGCUCCCAUGGUUGGAGUUGGCGUCAUGUCGCAGAGUGUCGUCGCGCCUCAACCGGUCCAAGUGCAAGUGCAGCAGUCGAAUCGAAGACGACAUCAGCAUCGCUUACCCAUAAUUGAUCCAACAACAAAGAAAAAUAUAUUGGAAGAUCUUGAUAAGUCAAAUUCAAACACAGAAAAUGACUUCUCUAAUGAGCAGCAGACAGCGGCAACGACUGCGGCAGUUCUUACUGAAGCUCAUAUAGCUCGGAUUCCUCAGCAAGAUGGUGGUGUUGGAAUAAUACAUCAGCACAAUUUAAGCAAUUUACCAGCACUCGGAUCCAACGAUAUACGAACUAAUGCGCAGCCUUACAAUGUCCCAAUGGAACCAAUAACAAUACAACGUCCAGAUGCUGUAGGUCAAACUCCAAUUGUAUCUGCCAUGUCAGAUGCCCCAUCAGUAGAAAUAUUGCCAACACCUCAAAAAACCAGAAGCAAAAAAAUACCCAUAGUGCCUCCUAAAAAUGUCUCUGACUCUACUUCUGCACUACCUACAACUGAAACCGAAGAUGUUGCUGAAUCAAAGGCCAGGGAGCAGCCAACAAAGCAAAAUCUGAUUAAUGCUAAAUUUAUCGCUGUCGAAGAGAAACAAUCGGCAUCGAUAUUGGCAGCGAAUACUCAGAUAACAACAGAUAAUGUUGUAACACCUGUUGGAUCUCUAGAAGCAGCUUUAGUAGCUCCGGAAACAACAUCUAGCGAAUUUCUGACAGAAGAAAAAAACCUAUCAACCGAAGAAGAAUUGUUAGCAAAGAAUAUUCAUGAGUCUGAAAUCAAGAAGAGUAAUGAAGUUGAAAAUCCGACUGAAGUUUUAAAAGAUUACACUCUGCACUCUGAACCAACAGUUUUCGUUGACAUUGGAGAAGAAAAAAAAUGCUUAGAUAAGAAUACAAGUGAAGAAGAGCAAUCAGAUGAAACUGAUCUGUCAGAGGUAUCAUCGAUGGCAGUAAAAGAAGUUGUUCUUCCUUUACAGGAGAAAGUGCAAGCUGUUGAAUCUUCAGAAAACACAGUAAAAGCUGCACAAGAACAAUUAGAAACUCCUGUAGACACUCCUUCAGAAAAAAGUUAUUCCCCGGAGAAUGAUUCAGUAGAAGUCAAUAUUAACCCCUGUUCCGAAGAAAAAGAAAAGAUUUCAUCGUCCUUUAUUAACUACAAUGAAGGUCAAUGGUCACCAAGUAAUCCGGAUGGAAAAAAACAAUACAAUCGCGAACAAUUAAUGCAAUUACGCGAAGCCAAAGCCUCGCGCAUACAGCCCGAGGUUAAAAAUGUGUCUAUACUUCCGCAACCCAAUCUUAUGCCAUCCUUUAUUCGGAAUAAUAAUAAUAAGCGAGUACAAUCAAUGGUCGGCAUGAUCGGCAAUCGGGAGUCAUCAGCAGGAGGUUAUAUGGGAAAACAGCUAUCGAUGUCCGGUGUUCAUGGCCAAAGUCAAGGUUCUGGUGGCCGAAAUAGCAGCAUGAAGGGCAUGAUGAUUCAUGUUAACCUCUCAUUAAAUCAAGAUGUUAAAUUAAACGAGAACGAAAAUGCCUGGCGUCCGAGACUCUUGAAUAAAUCAUCGGCAACAGAGACUGAUAGUAACUUGAAGGCCACCCAAGAAAAGGAUGAUUUGGUAAGACGAGUUCGUGGUAUUUUGAAUAAACUAACUCCCGAGAGAUUUGAUACUCUAGUUGAGGAAAUAAUUAAAUUAAAAAUCGAUACCCCCGAUAAAAUGGACGAAGUUAUAGUGCUGGUCUUUGAAAAAGCCAUUGAUGAACCAAAUUUUUCGGUUUCCUACGCUCGACUCUGUCAUCGUCUCAUAUCCGAAGUCAAAGCCCGCGAUGAACGGAUGGAAAGUGGAACAAAGUCCAAUUUGGCACAUUUUCGAAAUGCUUUAUUGGAUAAAACAGAACGUGAAUUCACUCAAAACGUCUCACAGAGUACGGCCAAGGAGAAAAAAUUACAGCCAAUUGUAGAUAAAAUUCGGAAAUGCAGCGAUCCAAAUGAGAAGGCUGAACUUGAAGCCUUUUUAGAGGAGGAAGAACGAAAAAUACGUCGGAGAUCUGGUGGAACUGUUCGUUUCAUAGGUGAACUUUUUAAAAUCUCCAUGUUGACUGGUAAAAUUAUUUAUUCCUGCAUUGAUACAUUACUCAAUCCCCAUUCGGAGGACAUGCUAGAGUGUCUCUGCAAAUUGUUAACAACAGUAGGCGCCAAGUUCGAGCAAACUCCUGUCAACUCCAAAGAUCCAGGACGUUGUUAUUCCUUAGAAAAAUCUAUAUCCAGAAUGCAAGCCAUUGCUGCUAAAACCGAUAAGGAUGGUGCUAAAGUCAGCUCCCGUGUUCGAUUCAUGCUUCAAGAUGUCAUCGAUUUACGCAAAAAUAAAUGGCAAACGACUCGAAACGAAGCUCCGAAGACAAUGGGCCAAAUUGAGAAAGAGGCCAAGAAUGAACAGCUAACUGCACAGUAUUUUGGCAAUAUUUCCGGGAAUUCUACGUCAAUUGGACCAUCGCAGAGCGGUGCAAGUUCCAAUAAACGUGAUGAUCGUAAUUUGAAUUCCCGAUAUGGAAAUGAGACACGUUCCGGUAGUAAUUACGGUGGAAGUCACAGUCAGCGUGGACAUCAUCAACAGCAGAGUAACGCUGGAGGAGGUGGUGUCGGGGGAGGAGGCUCCGGAGGCGCUUCAAAUGGAGGAAAUAACGAUGACAAUACUUGGCAUGUACAAACGAGCAAAGGUAGUCGUUCUCAAGCUGUUGACAGCAAUAAAUUAGAGGGUCUGUCAAAACUUUCUGAUCAGAAUUUGGAAACGAAAAAAAUGGGCGGCUUAACUCAAUUUAUUUGGAACAAUAAUACAAGGCAAUCAUCGUCAUCAGCGGCUUCUGCGGUACCAUCGUCAACACCUUCAAAUCCCUUCGCUGUUCUGUCCUCGUUAAUUGAUAAAAACAGUAGCAGCAGCGACAGGGACCGGGACCGGGAUCAUCAUCACGAUCAUCGUGGACCGAGGAAUAAGGGUUCCUAUAGCAAGGGAUCGAUGGAGCGUGAUCGUUACGAUCGAGGUAUCAAUUCGCGAACUGGCUCAUCGCAAGGAUCACGCGAGAGUUCCUCCUCGCGUCAGCAGGGAGGAGGUCGGAGCCUAAUGAAUUCUGCAGUCCAAAAGUCUGCUAGUCAUACAAAAUAUACGCAACAACAGCUGCCGACUUCGGUUCGUCACAACACUAGCAAUAAGGUACAAUCAAACUCCGGCUCCAACGCAGAACGUGGAAUUUACCGUGGCGCGAGCAAUGAGCAAGGAUCAGGCUUAGUUGCGACUCCAGCGACGACGUUCCCCCAGCAAAGCAAUCGAACUGCUGUCUCCGCCCCUCCUGCAGUGUUCCAAGAAGCAAGCGAUGCCGAUCUUAAGCUAACCAAGUCGGUUGUCUCUGAAAUGAUUGAAUUGGCAGAUGCAGCGAAAACCGUAACACCUGCGGUUGUCGAGUGUAUGAAGAGGAUACCGGAGGAUCGUCGUUGCGGCUUUCUAUAUUAUAUAUUAACCGAUUAUUUGCAUUUAGCGAAUGUGGGCAAACAGUCUCGCCGAUAUCUGGGCAUAACUGUGACCCAAUUAAUUCAACAUAACUAUAUUUCGGUGGAGCACUUUACGCUGGCGUACAACGAAUUUAGCGAGUAUGCCAAUGAUUUAAUUGUUGAUAUACCAGAGCUAUGGCUAUAUAUUCUACAAUUUGCAGGUCCAUUAAUUGUGAAGAAAGUUUUAACCGUAUCAGAUUUGUGGAACAAGAACCUAAAAGACAACAGCCCAUCAAGUGUGGCCAAGAAGUUCCUUAAAACAUAUUUGAUUUAUUGCACGCAUGAAGUUGGACCAAAUUUCACGCGCAGCAUGUGGACAAAGUUCAGCUUGCAUUGGUCUGAUUUUAUGCCAGAGAAUGAAGUUAACGACUUCAUCAAAUCAAAUAGACUGGAGUAUGUGGAAAAUGAAUCGAUAUCGCCAGUGAUAGAACAUCGCGGUGAAUCGACUGAAAAGCACGUUAAAAAUGUGAUAGAGCAUAUUGAGCAUUUGCUAAAGGAAGGAACAACGGCAGAUUGUAUCAUUGAUUAUAGUAAUGGCAACAUCAUGGUCGUUGAUAAACUGUUUAUAAGAAGCUUAACGGAAUCGCUGAGCAACUUUUCCAUUUUGUACAAGGAGAAUAGUUAUAAACUAGAAACCGAGACCUUCCAGAAGUUUUGCAUACCAGUUUUGCAGCGCUACAUUGAUUCGAAUGAAGAUCAUCAAUUGGAGUGCUUGUAUGCGAUGCAGCUAUUAGUGCAUAGUUUGGAGCAUCCGAGGGGAUUACUAAGCGAACUAUUUGGAGAGUUAUAUGAUGCAUAUGUAAUACAAAAGGAGUCGUUAUGCAAGUGGCGCGAUUCAAAGGAUCAGUCAGCUGGCAAAGGCGUUGCUGUAAAAAGUCUAAAUCCCUUCUUCAACUCUUUAUUCAACGACGAAGUGAACUGAGAGACGUGCGGAUGAAAAAUAUUUAAAUUUGUAAUAAAAAAUUCGAUAAUUAAAUGAAAAAAGUGGUGUGAAUGUUCAGAUGUAACGUAUACCCUAUAUUUCAAUAUGAACUUAUUCAUUUACAGAUUUCUGGUUCAUAGAUGCGUUACGAAGGAAUAUAUGCAAGAAACAAUAUAAAGUGUAUAACAUUAUGUUAAAAAUAAAGAAAAUUUAAAGGAAA